UUUUAAAAUUUACUCUUCUUUUCAUUCUAGUCUCUACAUAUGUUUUGUGCAUUAUCCGAGAGCGAGCGUGUGUAUUAAAAAAUCGCGUGUCUUGUGUUUGUGUGUGUGAAACAGCAGUUAGCAUGAUAACAAGGUUGUGUGCGUUUGCGAAUAAAAAUGGACUCGCCGCCCCGCUGAUAAAUGUGAUGACUAUCGAUGUUAGGCACAAAAUCGGCACCAGCAUGGAAGAAGCGACUACUCCAGCGGAUCAGCGAAAUGUGGAGAUAAAGGCACGGAUUCCUGGCGGCAGCGAGGACUUUGUACGCCGCCUGGACAUCUCCAAGCGGCUGACGGGCAGCCAGGCGGGGGAGCUCAUCGUCCAGCGCGAUGUCUUCUUCGAAUCGCCGCUGGGCGGGCGUCUCAAGCUGCGCUACUUGCAGGCUCCGGCGCGCUCCCAGCUGGUAUACUACAAUCGUCCGGAUGUGGCUGGCCCCAAGCUCUCCUGCUUCAACAAGAUCGAGGUGGACGAGCCGGCUGUGCUGGAGAAGAUUCUGGCCCAGACGAACGGCAUCCAGGGCCAGUUGGCCAAAAAGCGGCAUUUGUUCAUACACGAGCAGACGCGCAUCCACCUGGACGAGGUGCAGGACCUCGGCCACUUCAUGGAGUUCGAGGUCUGCCUGCGACCGGAGCAGACCCUCGAGGAGGGCCAGACCAUUGCCGAGCAGCUGGCAGCGACUUUCGGAAUUCAGAAGGCGGACCUCAUGACCGGCUCCUACUUCGAUGCCCUGCGCAGCGGUCAGUGAAUGCUUCGGCCAUUUAAUUAAAUUGUUAUAAGGUUCAUUUAUUCAGUGAUUCCUUGUUGAAAAAACACACAAAGUAAAACUCAGGUCUGGCCACGGAUAUUUACAAAAGAA